CACCUCCACAGAGAGGCCCAUCCCAGCAAACCGACCAUGUGGAGAGUACCAUGCGAUGACGACGCAGACGACGCAGACGAGUUCGAAAGUCUGUGCGCAUUGGAGGAGAGGGCAGAAAAGGAGCUGUGUAUUCUAGAAAAACUAAUUGAAAGAACAAAGGGUAAUAUAGAACAGCUAAAUGAUUAUAUAAACAAAAAGUACAACGAAAUAAAAUCCCUAGCAAGUAAGAAGCCAACCAGAAUUAAUUGGGAAAAGGCACAAGGAAAAACACACAUGUCAAUGUUUUACCAAAAGGGAUAUGGAUUUGCUCCUUCUAAUGAGCAUGCAUUAAAAAUUACAGAGUUUCAAGUAAGUGCAUCAAAUUAUCGAAAAAAGUAUGAAUAUAAAAAAAGUGAAUGGACAAAAAAAGAAAUAGAGCUUUUAUUCGAGGUGGUAGAAAAAACGUGUAAAAGGUAUGCUACUCGAUAUUUAAUCGAUCCAAAUUUAGAGUACGAUGUGAAAAUGCAAAAGAGAAAGGAAAUCGAAGAUAGUAAGGAUGUUAAGAAUUUACUCUCCAAAAUUAAACUACAUUUUGAUGAAUUGCAGAGGUCAUCCACAGGAGGAGGGGGAGAUACUGUUACUGCGUACUUGUCUGAAUCGCCAUCAGAUGGUAUAACCAACUUUGCUGAAUUUUCAAACCAUUUUUGGAACCAAGUGGCGACAAAUUUAACGAAUACACAGACAGGUAGAGAAUGUCAAAAGACGUGGCUCUACCACUGCUGCUUUGAAGAUCCCAAACAAAAAAAAUGGCACAAUGAAGAGAAAGAAAAACUGUUAAGUUUGAGCAAAAAGUAUGAAAAAAGAGAAUGGAUUAACAUAGCUAGAGCAUUAAACACAAAUAGAAGUCCUCUCUCCUGUUUUAUGGAAUUUGUAAAGCUAACAAAAAUGUAUGAUGAUAGUGAAGAAAAAGCCAAAUUGGAAAGAAUAGGGUUUAACCUACUGGAGGAUAUUCAAUUGCAGAUAUUGGUAUCUAUCCUUGGGGAUAAAAAUUGGAACGAAGUGAAACUGCAUAUGGAGAAUCUCAACUCGAAUGUCAGGCGCGUUCAAAUGAGAAAGGGUUUCAACCCUUCUGGAGGGGAGAAAGAUAAACGGGUCAAGAAAAAGCUUAGUGACGAAAUAUCCUACAAGAGGCGGUAUCUUCGCUUGGUUCGCGGGCGACACGAUCUGCACUGA